AAUAAAAUCUCAGAUACCAUCUUGCAUUAGAGUAUCCUCAGGCAAUCUUCUCGGCAUUCCUCGUAGUUUGUUUUUUUUUUUUUUUUCUAACAUUUUUUACAAGGGUCCUCCCCAAAUUCCAUGCUAAAUGAGACCUAGUCGAUCAAGUUGAGGGAAAUGAAUGAGUUACAAUUGGGGCUGAUUGUUGGCUUCUGUGUAGGAGUGAUUGGUGGGUUGGGUUUGGCCAUUUCUAUUAAGUUCAGCAUUAUGUGUAUAAGGAAGCAUUUUGGUGUUACAGAUACAGAGAAACAAGAUGCCCUGGAAACAAAAACCAAUUCCUGCACAAGAUCUUCCUACUCUGCCAAUGUUGGUAACAAUUCACCCAGAACAUCUGGAUGGAGUAACUUGCCUGAGUGGCUGGAAGGGCUUAAAAGAAAGAGCAUUUCAUCAGCAUGUGGGAUACCAAAGUACACUUACAAAGAACUACAGAAAGCAACUUGUAAUUUUACAACAAUUAUAGGCGAGGGAGCAUUUGGUCGAGUAUACAAAGCUCAGAUGGCAUGUGGCAGGCUAGUUGCUGUUAAAGUUCUUGCCACAAAUUCUAAGCAAGGGGCAAUGGAAUUCUUAACAGAGGUUCUGUUGUUAGGAAGAUUACACCAUAAAAAUCUAGUGAACUUGGUGGGCUACAGUACAGAAAAAGGACAUAUGCUUGUUUAUGUUUACAUGAGCAAUGGAAGUCUUGCUUCCCAUUUAUACAAUGAAAAGAAUGAUCCCUUGAGCUGGGAUUUGAGAGUUCAAAUAGCUCUAGAUGUAGCAAGGGGAUUGGAAUAUCUCCAUUAUGGGGCUUUUCCUCCUAUCUUGCACCGUGACAUCAAAUCCUCAAAUAUACUGUUGGAUGAAUCCAUGAGAGCCCGAGUUUCUGACUUUGGGCUUUCAAGACAGGAAACAAUUAAUUCGCAGUCAUUUAAAAUUAAAGGCACCUUUGGAUAUCUUGAUCCUGAGUAUAUGUCCACAAGGACCUUUACAAAGAAAAGUGAUGUUUAUAGUUUUGGGAUGUUGCUAUUCGAAAUAAUCAGUGGCAGGAAUCCUCAACAAGGUCUCAUGGAAUAUGUGGAACUUGGAGCCAUUGAUCUGGAAGGGAAUAUAGGCUGGGGAGAAAUUGCAGAUUCUCGACUCAGUGGAAAAUUUGAUCCACAUGAACUUAAUAAUAUUGCGAGCCUUGCUUAUAAAUGUGUGAGUCCGGACUCCGGAAAACGGCCCUCUAUGAGAGAAGUUGUACUUGUACUGUCUCAGACUCAAAGGCCAAGAAAUUGCUCUAGGCAACAUUGGCAAAAUUUCUCCAUUAAGUCAGAGGGAUCUUGCUUCGAACUGGAUCUGUCAGGGACUCAAGAGCCUCCUUUAACCGAACGUUGAAAUGGAAUUAUGCAGAAUUAGACUUGAGACCAUUUAGUUUUCAAACAGGGAAACCAUGUGUAUUUAGUUUAUUUCAUUUCAUAAGAAAUCAAUCUAUAUGAU